AUGUUUCUGGGUGUGAGAAUUGUGGACACCAGGGUUGUGAGAGCAGGUGGAGUGGAUGUUCUUAAUUUCACUGGCUAUACAGUCAAUCAGUGUCAGUAUCAUGGCAUCAACUGCACUCUUGAGGGCAGUCAUGGAUAUUUGAGACAAUUGCUGAUUUACCAGAUGACCCAGAUGAGAUUCUGUAAUGGACAAGCUGACAGGAAGACAGGAAACUGGGUUGGGACUGGUGACAUGGUUUUGUCUGGGAUGGAUAUUGUCAGAGAAGAUGGAUGGGCAGAUGUGAUAGAUAUAUAUGGAGGGACUGUUAUUGGAAUGAAAGUUGGAGUGUUGGGAGGCACCAUAGGGAUGACUGGAAAAACAGUCAUAGGAAUGGAUGGAGAAACAGGGGAUGUUUAUGGAGCAGAAGCAGGAAAUGAGGAUGGAGACUUGGUGGUCAUGUCCUGGAGGGAGGCAACAGGCAACAGGGAAGAUGUAAGGGUAUACUGGGAUACACCACAUAGAGAGUGGCUGGAAUGUUGCCCUUCACAUGGGAUGGAAGGUGUAAAAGGGGUGUAUGGCCUGUAUGGCUUAUUAGCGCAAUGCUCAGGCACAGUUGGAGUGAGUGAGACAGUGCUCCUGUUGAGCCAUGGUAACAAGAAGAGCAGCAGAGUAGGGCAGCUACAAUAG